AUGAAGAUACCAGCUUCAUUUCCAUCACUUGUGCUACUGUUGACAGCUCUCGGCGAUGUCUCCAGUGGAAAACCGCUCUUUAUCCCGCAUCUUAGAGGCAGAGAUGGUCAGCGGUCUGGCGCGUCGUCUAGUGCAGUUCAAGAGAAUUCAGUUGUACCAGUCUCGUCUGUAGCUGAGGCUACAUCGACACCUUCAACAUCUGCUGCUACGUCAACUCUUCCUACAUCGACAGCUCCUGCUAGUUUGACCAGCGCAGAAGCAUCUAUCCCCCCCGCUGGCACAUCUCAUGCUCUAGACACGGCAGCUACAUCGCCUACAACUAGUCCACCACCUGCAACUGUUCCUACUAGCCAGCUGACAAGCCAGCCGACCACCAAGGCCGACUCGAGCGCUCCAGGAACCACAACUCUGGCUGCAUCAGGCACUGCUGGCGCUGCAGGGACGGUCAAGUUACCGAGUACAGCUUUGACGACUAGCACGCCAGCUACAAUUGUGGCUUCUACUCCUGUGUCUUCAGCUGUGUCUUCAGCCGUGGCCUCGACAUUCGUCACAAGCUCAUCACCACCGCAGAUUCAGACCCAAGUUGCUACUAGCCCAAGCUCCGCCAUAAUCCUGUCUUCCAGCGCACCUGCGGUUCCUACAUCUCAACCAACAACGGCGACGACAGCAUCGCCAACAAAGGCCUCUGACGUCGGUUCAGUCAUACCCUUGGCUACACCAUUGGCACCACCAAGCAGCAAAGCCUCAAGCGCGACCACUAUCCUAGCCGGUCCAUCUUCUGCACCUGCUAUUUCGAGCCACACCUCAAGGACCCAUACUCCUACUCGUCCCAUUCUUAAUACGUAUAAAACGUCAGGGACGGGAAUAGAAACACAUGGAGCAGCGACGGCAGCAUCUAUCGUGGUCAAACCCACUAGAUCUCCUUUACAACCUUCUCAGCCAGCUGUUGCCUCUAGUGCAGUAACUACGAGUCUUACAACUCAUUCUUCAAAAGUACUACCCACAGCUGCUUCAUCCGCCAUCUCGACCCACGUUCCGGAUACCUCUAUCAUGAGCAGUUAUCCAGCGACGAGUCAAUGGUCCCUUCCGUCUGUGACCUCAACUGUCAAACCACUUUCUCAAGGACCGUCUGCCGCUCAUUCUUCAUCAGUCCCGGCAGUGCCUGAAAUUUCUGGCUUCUCGACUGCAACAUCAGCUGCAGCAGGAACUGUGCACAGUGAUUCUGUACCUGCGAUUCCGCCCACGAGCAUUGUGCCUACAACAACGGGGUAUAGUGCACCUUCCACGGUCGUUGUACCUACAUCCAAACCAUCGACUACAACAACAGUGCGAACCUCACACCUACCCUCGGCAGCAGUCAUUCCUACUUCUAUCUCCCCUUCCAUUGCAGGAGCAGGAGCAGGAAAAGGAUCAAGUGUGACGUCAGCCACCAUCCCUGUGGUCAUACCAAUAACUUUCAGUACUUUACAACCCCAAAACACCAUCAAACCUGUCCCGCCCAUCUCAGACGCCGGCACCAACCAUCCAAAGGCAAGUGCACACGCAAUCCCAUCGGUCGCCAUCGAAAGUUCAACAUCAACCACUUUCGUCCCCGCCCCAGUCCCGACAAGUACAGCACACGAGCCAGACACCAACGUUGUCCCUAUAAGCACGAAACCAGAGUUGGUGACUACCCUGACGGAGACUUUAGUGUCCACGGAGACAUCAGUAGAGCCAACGACUACCCUAAUGAUGACUUUUACAUCGACUGUCUACGCAACCGUGACGGCUCCGACUCCUUCCACAAAACCUGCACAGAAUAGAGUCGCGCCAGCACCCAAUCCGUUCGUUACAACUCCGACGCCUGUCGCUAAUAAUGCCGCAGCACUUCCCACAGUAACGGUGACAUCAAUAAGUGUCCAGGAAGUUACGACCACAGUUACAACUACGCAGAUAAGCACAUAUACGCCGCCAGUGGUUACGGUACUUCUGCCUACGACGAUACCUGGACCACAGGUUACGACGACAGAGACCCAAAUGCUUACGACGACGGUGACGGCUAAGCAGACUCCUAUUCCCAGUUCUAGUCCUGCGUCUGUUGCAGGGAUGCGUUCGAUUGAAGCUACUGAUAAUGCUCUUUUUUUCGGACAUCCUCACGCAUCAUGA